AUGCACGCUGCGGUCUGUGGGGGUCGGCCGGGAUUAUGUGAUGCCAUGAGGCCUGCUAGCGGAGCUGACUUGCUGCGGUACCUUCGUAAGGUCAACUUCGUAGGUCUGACCGGAGACCAGUUCCACUUCGACAGCAAUGGAGACGGACCAGCUCGGUACAAUAUCUUGCACUUUAAGCAGAUCAAGAGAGGAGUCUACCGAUGGGUCAACGUUGGAGAAUACCUGGAUGGGGAACUGAGACUGGAUAUUGAUGAAAUCCAGUUUAAAUGGGGUGAGCGGCACCCGCCGGAGUCGGUGUGCAGCGCGGAGUGCGAGCUGGGCCAGGCCAAGCAGUAUGUGGAGGGCGAGAGCUGUUGCUGGCACUGCUUCAACUGCACGCAGUACGAGAUAAGGUCCAUCGAGGAGACUCAGUGCACAGUGUGUCCCCGGGGCACUCUGCCAAACCCCACCAAGACUGAAUGCCGUCCCAUCCCUGAAGCAUACCUGAGGCCUGAUUCCGCCUGGGCCAUUGGUGCCAUGUCAUUUUCUUCAGUUGGAAUCCUGUUGACCGCUUUUGUCUGCGGUGUGUGGGUCCGUCACAGUUCGACUCCAGUUGUCCGAGCCAGUGGCAGAGAAUUAUCCUACGUUCUGCUGGCUGGGAUCCUCAUGUGCUACCUGGUCACCUUCGCGCUGGUCUUCCGGCCGACUGAUAUCCUCUGCUCUAUACAGAGGUUUGGAACAGGAUUCUGUUUCACGGUGGUGUAUGCUGCUCUGCUGACGAAGACCAAUAGGAUUUCCAGGAUCUUCAACGCUAGCAAACAUUCCGCCAAGAGACCUAUCCUCAUAUCCCCGAGCUCUCAGCUGGCGAUUUGUGCUGCUCUCAUAUCCAUACAGGUGCUGAUAGUGGUAGUAUGGAUGAUAGUGGCCCCAGCUAAGGCCAUGUUCCACUAUCCCACGAGAGAGGACAACAUGCUGGUCUGCGACUCCUACGUGGACGCCUCCUAUAUGAUAGCCUUCUUCUACCCAAUAGUCCUCAUUGUAGUCUGCACUGUCUACGCUGUUCUCACCAGGAAGAUCCCCGAGGCUUUCAAUGAGAGCAAGCAUAUAGGGUUCACAAUGUACACGACGUGCGUGAUCUGGUUAGCGUUUGUGCCUCUAUACUUCGGCACGGCGAGCCAUGUGCCGCUGCGGGUCACCAGCAUGGCCGUCACCAUCUCGCUCAGCGCCAGCGUCACGCUCGUCUGCCUGUUUAGUCCAAAGCUCUAUAUAAUCCUCAUUCGGCCGGAGCGCAAUGUCCGGCAGAGCAUUAUGCCGGUCCGGUACAGCAGAAAACCGCCUCCGGCGCUCCCGCUGCCUCAUCCACCAGUCAAAAAACCGCCAACAGCGGACAAGGAGACGCAAACUGAUCCAGCGGAAUUCAAACACCUCAAUGGACAGACAGUCCAGCCAAAGAACGAGGAGAAGAAGCAAGAAGAUACAACAAAAGAGGACAACAAACAAUGUAAUAACGUUAAGCCAACCAAUGACAAGUCCAACACCACGCCAGUAACCAAUGAGAAGGCAGAUACCUUAUAG